AUUCAAUUUUAUUGUGUACAUAAUACAAGAUGCUAGCUGAUAUUUUUACUAUCGCCGUCUCAAUUCUGCUACUCGCAGUAGCAGAGGCGGCUCUUUACCCCCAGCCUGUGACCAACAGUUGGGCCAAGAGACCUCUUUAUCCUCCCAUUAGGACCUCUGGUCCGCGGCGCUACGCCGAAGAGACAAGUGUUUAUUUACAAGACAUCUGCUCCACGACGUGUGUGGCAGAGAUUAACGAGUCGGCAUUCGAAGAGCAAUACUUAAAUGAAUCGGUAUUUGGAAGAACUUAUUGUGGCUUCGGCUACGAGCUCGAUGAAGAGAAGCGCGACACGUACAUUGCCGCUGAGAGCUUCGAAGACUGCCAGGAAGUAUGCUGCAAGAAGAUAGAAGCAGAACCGGACACCAUCACUUGUCUCUACCACGAUUUAAGAGCAUCUGGGGGUGAACCUGUGUGCGCAAAGUCCAACCAGGUUGUUAACACCGAUCUAAACUUUCAAAAGACGACGAAGUGUAGUCAGGAUCCACAUUGUCCAGGUGAGUAUUCAUUCUGCGGCAGUGUUUGCUGUGAAGAAACUGGAAGUAGAUGCAAUGCGGAGGGUCAGGAAUAUGCCGGUAACUUGAUGUGCGUAUACUAUUCUUUGGCUCAGAUCGAGAAGGAAAGAGGAUGCAAAGAAUCGAACAAUUUCGCAUUCGAGAAGACUAUGACAAACUCAUUCAUGCCAAGAAGUGCUUACAGCUCUUACAAUUCAUACGAAAGCAAAUGCACCAGUGAUGAUGGCCAGCCGGCACUUGAAGCUGAGGCAAUACGUCUGAAUAAUGCGGAAUCAAUAUUUUGCGAUAUUGACACCCCUGCCAGUUUCUACUGCCCAUACUCUACAGCGUCGACCCCGAGCUCAAUAGCCAUUGACAGAAUGUGCGCAGCAUACGAGCAGUACAUCGAAUACUUUGGACAAAGUAGUGAAGAUUCUUGUGACGCCAUUAACGCGUAUGCUAAGGAGAGCGCAAUGGCUGACAACAAUUUGCCCGCUACUUUCGACAACGACGAGGGAAGUGAGGAAUAUGAACGCACCGUUGAGGAGCAAUUCGCGCAAGUGAAGGAAAAUGGCUGUCUAUAUCCUUUCGAAUCUGGGUUCAUUUGUCCUUAUUUCUGUGGAUACUCUAGCAUGGGAGAUUGUGAAUUCUAAGGACGGAGUCAGCGUUCUACUUUUGUCAUUAGAUCGCAACUCACUAUAAGAAAAACCAACAUUUAACAUCGAAAGCCGUGUAAGGUCUUUUAUAAUUCACCAUUCGUAUGCAACAAGUUACAAGUCACAUUCCUGUGAAAAAUCAGGUGUGCAAUGUUAAGUGUGCUGAACCACUACCCCUCACAAAUUGUUCACACCGGGAGAUACGCCCGGGGAUUUUAAUUUAGCGAGACCUUGUCAAUCAAAAUAAAAGGCUGAUCAACUAAAGUAAACGGUAUAGAAUAAACUGUGGAAUCUGGAAUAGAAGAUAUUAGAAAAACAAACCGCAAUAUAGAAAUAUAUAUAUAUAUAUAUAGAAUAUAUUAAGAAAA